AUGGCCAGCAGCGAGUGCAGCACCGACUUUGAGGCCUCCACCUCUGUUGUUUCCAGCUCUGCUAAUGCUGUCUCCGAGGAGCAGGACUACUACGACGACGACUUUGACGACUACUCGGACUCGUUCGAAUCGGACAACGAUGUCAUCGUACCGGACCAAUCCGUUGUUGCAGUGGCCUCGAGCUCACCAGACUGUUGUCUGCUACCUGUUGGGAUGCGCGUGCAGGUAUUCUGGAAAGAGGAAAACGAGUGGUUUAACGGCGUGAUCCAGAGUGUCAAGGAAGUCAAUGAACCGCGCUAUUUCGUGCAUUACGACGAUGGCGAGCAGCAGUGGGAGGGUUCAGCAAGCAUACGCCCGCUUCCUGAAUCGAUCACUGGUACAGCUCAGUACACUCAAAUGCAACAAUUGCUGCCGCUGAAUGCACACGACGCACGAGCCAUAAUCGACAGAAGAGCGAUAGUGUACUGGCCUGAUGAAGGAGAAUGGUAUAACGGCAUUGUCAGCUCUGCUCAAGGGUUUCCCCCAGCAGUAAAGAUCGAAUAUGAGCCGCUGGGAGCAGGAGCACAUGCUCAAUUCUAUUCUCUUGCUACGUGCAACAACGGAAUCACAGCAACCACAAACAGCUUUAACUACUGA